GGUGGGACGAGUCAAUGAAGUUUUAAUGGCGCAGCGGUGUUUUCCAACAGAGUAGACAUGAGUUGUGUUUUAUUAAUUGUGAAAUAAAUUUGCCUCGUUCAUUUUAUGUGGUUAAUACAGGAAAUAAAAUGGCCACGUUAGUUCUGGACAACGGAGCCUACACGGCGAAGAUAGGAUACAGUCAAGAGAAAGUCAGCGUCAUCCCAAACUGCCAGUUUCGCUCCAAGACGUCCAGAUUAAAAACCUUCACAGCCAAUCAGCUCGAUGAGAUCAAAGAUCCUUCAGGUCUCUUUUACAUCCUCCCCUUCCAGAAGGGUUAUCUCGUCAACUGGGAUGUCCAGAGGAAAGUGUGGGAUCAUCUGUUUGGAAAGGAGAUGUUUAAGGUGGAGUUUGCAGACACCAGUGUCAUCAUCACCGAGCCGUACUUCAACUUCUCUUCCAUUCAGGAGUCGAUGAAUGAGAUCCUCUUUGAGGAGUACCAGUUCCAGUCAGCUCUCAGAAUAAAUGCGGGCUCUCUCAGCGCUCAUCACUACUUCCACACUAAACCGUCAGAGCUCUGUUGUUUGGUGGUCGACAGCGGCUUCUCCUUCACCCAUAUCGCCCCCUACUGCCGCAGCAAGAAGAUGAAUGAGGGCAUCCGCAGGAUCAACGUAGGAGGGAAGCUGCUGACCAACCACCUGAAGGAGAUCAUUUCAUAUCGGCAACUACACGUCAUGGAUGAAACUCAUGUAAUUAACCAAGUAAAAGAAGAUGUCUGCUAUGUCUCACAGCAGUUUUACAAAGACAUGGAGAUCUCACAGUUGAAGGGGGAGGAAAACACCGUGGUGAGGGAUUAUGUUCUUCCAGAUUUCAGCUCCAUCAAAAAAGGCUUCUGCAAGCCACAAGAGGAGAUGGUCUUCAGUGGAAAGUACAAGACCGGAGAGCAGAUCCUGAGGUUGAGCAACGAGCGCUUUGCUGUUCCUGAGAUGCUCUUCCAUCCAUCUGACAUUGGUAUCCAGGAGAUGGGCAUCCCAGAGGCCAUCGUGCACUCCAUCCAGUCCCUGCCAGAGGAGAUGCAGGCCCACUUCUACCAGAACAUCGUCCUGACUGGAGGAAACACUUUGUUUCAAGGCUACAGAGAGCGACUGGAGGCAGAACUGCGAUCGCUUGCCCCCGCCCACCUCCCCGUGUCUGUACUGCAACCUGCAAAUCCGAUCUGUUACUCAUGGGAAGGAGGGAAGCUGUUGGCCCACAGUCCGGACUACGACGAGAUCAUCGUGACACGAGACGACUACGAAGAGAAUGGACAUUUUAUUUGUGAAGAAAAGUUUGAUAUUUGACUGAAGUGAAACUCUUCGCUGCAGAUUGUUUCUGCAUCGUCACAGACGUGAAAAACAUCUUUAUGGAUCAGAGCCAUGAAAACCUGCAACUGAUUGUUUAUAUCUGAGCUCUGAUUCACUUACAGGACAAACAGGAUCUGCCUUUAAAGUGCAGAAUGAGUUCAAACAAGUAAAAUAUUUCUUUUUAUACAUGUGAAUGUGCUGAUUGUUUUUCUGACAGGUCAAAAGGUGGAGCCGGCAGACAUUGUGGCCUCAAGCCCUUCAUUUAUUAUUGUUAGUCUGACAUGACUUUUUGUUAAGACUGCUGUUAAUUUUCUGAUUUUAAAGUGUUACUGGAAAUAUUUCAACCGUCAAUUACCAUUUAAAUAAGAGUUUUGUCCUGCAUCUCUCCUAGUUUUUAAUUCUUUGUUUCAUUUUUUGGCAAAUCUUUAUCUUUAAUUUUAGUAAUAUUUUCAUGCCAAAAUAAGAAUCGGUUGAUAUGAGCAACACAAUACUUUUAUUCACUAGCACAUCUUACUGGCACAUAUAUGUACUCCAGUUUCUCCUGUAUUUUACCGAACAUACCAUUACAGUUUAUUUGAUUGACA